UCAACCACAUUGUGCAACGCGAAGCAUUUCACUUGCGAGACAGCGGUCAUUAAUAAGAGAAAUCUUUAUCUUCAUUACUUAGCAAAAUGAUUUCCAAGGAAAUUAUUUUACUUUUGUGUUUUUAUUUUAGUUUGAGAUUUCUGGUUCGUGCUCAUGAACUACCAAAGCAGGAGCAUGAGCACUAUAGUUUUACAGCGUUACAAGAAACAUUAAAUGGCGAGGUUCUCCUCUCAGAUGAUGUCAAUAGACUCCUCUCCAAGCUGCAUUUCUGGAACUGUUCAGACAGCAGUGCUAGGAUCCACCACAGAACGUGUCUCUCCACGACGGAUGUCUUCAAUUACGCUGGGUCAUCGGUUACACAGUUGAAUUCCAGCGAAUUUGUUGAAAUCAGUCCCAUGAUUGUUUACUGUCUGCUGCCUGCGCCUGAAAAGAACCCUGGUCGAUGUUCACCUCCCAAGAACCACAGCGAACUUUACAACUUCUUCGCAAGGAAUGUCAGUCAACAUGGCGAACACGGAAACAUUACGCAUGAAGCAUUGGAUGAAAUAUUGGACAAGAUCAACUCGACGAUCGGGAAACAUUUAACUAAGAAAAAGUGUUUUUCUGCUGAAGACAUUGUUAAAGAGAUUGAGGAAGAAAAAGAUCACCAUCAUGAAGAAGAAAAAGAUCACCAUCAUGAAGGAGAAGAUCACCAUCAUGAAGAGGAAGAGAAAACCCUCGACCUGGGAGACUUUCAAAAUGCCUGUGCUAGUAUUGUGCUACAUUUAGUACAGGGAUACUGCAUUGAAGAAGCCCAUGGUCACAAUGAGACCUCAUCUCUACCUUCAAGGGAGUUCUUCAUGAAUGAGCUCUUUGAGAACAAGACACGCCUCCUUGAGGAAGAUUUGGAAGCAAUUAUGAAAGUCCUAAAAAUUGGUAAAGUUGAGUCAUCAGGUGGAGAGGAUUCACAUGGUCACAACCAUCGACGAAGACGAUCUGCUGGGUCCCUCUUGUCCUCAUCACUGGAAUCAAAGACCUCUCAUUCUGUUCAUCGCCGUGAAGUUGAUGAUCAUGCUCAUGCUCACGAGACUGGAACUUGUUACUCCCUUGAUGACAUGCUGACAGUUUUUGAUAUUGAUCACGAGACUGGUGCAGAUAAAUUUGACUUCAAAGAACUAUGCCCUGCUUUCAUUCAACAAGCCAAAAGUGGACAUUGCAAUGAAGCUGCUCCAACAGCUGUACCUAACACUGAUAAAGACAUGGGAAAAAUAUGGGGCUAUGGCUUUGUUUCUGUUACCAUCAUCAGUAUCACAUCCUUGGCAGGAGUGGCCACCAUCCCAUUUUUUGGAAAGAGCAUGUACAAGAAAGUCCUGGCCACCUUGGUUGCACUUGCUAUUGGAACACUGACUGGAGACAGUUUACUUCAUUUGUUACCUCAUGCAUUUGGUCUCCAUGCGCAUGAAGAAGAAGGUGCCGGCCAUGAAAGUCAUGAAGAAGAUAAUGGCUUUGUCUGGAAAGCUUUGGUUGUACUGGUCUCUAUUUACGCAUUCUUCUUGUUUGAGACUCUGAUGCAUCUGUGUUUGAAGAGUAAGAUUGGAGAACACAGCCACAGUCAUGUUGAUGUUGAGCUUCCUGGUCCUUCCAGUCGGCAUAUGAGUUUCAAAAAGGAGAGAAAAUGUUCCAGGUUGGAGCGCCGUGAAGGUGUACCGCCCAUUGCCAAUGAUCACGAAGAAAAACCACCCAUGGGAAAUGGUGACAUUGUUUUGACUAAUGUGGACGGUCCCGCAGCAUGUUACAUCUCCAGUCCUUCGUGUACAUUUUAUUCACACUGUGUCUAUGAGUAUGUUUCUAGUUCAGACACUGAAGGGGGUGAUUACCAGCAGAAUGCGAAAGGUGAGGUCAAUGGAGAUGCACUCCCUCAGGAUGCAUCAGGCAAACCCAAGAAAAGUCUUAAACACAGCUUGUCACGCCGUUCAGUAUUCAGUGACGAAGAAGGAAUGAGGAAACCUCUGAAAAAGAUAUCAGCUGUUGCCUGGAUGAUCAUAAUAGGUGAUACUCUUCAUAACAUCAGUGAUGGUUUAGCCAUUGGUGCAGCAUUCGCCGAAGGAGGGAGUUCUGGUAUCUCUGGUGGCAUAAGUACAUCAAUAGCUGUGUUUUGCCAUGAGUUGCCACAUGAACUUGGUGAUUUUGCAGUACUGCUCUCAGCUGGCAUGUCUGUGAAGAUGGCACUGGUAGCAAAUUUUUUGUCAGCCUUGUCUUGCUAUAUUGGAUUGGCAAUUGGUAUCUCUGUUGGUCAACAGGCUGAUGUGCGGUUCUGGAUCUUUGCCAUUGCUGCAGGAAUAUUUCUUUAUGUAUCUUUGGUGGACAUGCUGCCAGACCUGAUGCACAGCGAGUCAUUGCAGACUGAACCAGUAGUAACAUUUGCUUGUCAAAACUUUGGCAUACUGCUUGGAAUUGCGAUUAUGUUGGUGAUAUCCUUGUAUGAGGAAGAUCUGAUGGAUCUUAAUUGGUAGUGGAUGUUUGCCUUUCUGAAACUGUUGUUUUACAAAUAGAAAAAGAUUUCUCUGGGCUCGUCAGUAUUGUAGUAAAUGACUUUGUUGUAGUGCGUAGAUUAGUCAGGAUAUUUAAGUGAGUGAGUGACAUGAGUGGCACAAGUGCUUUCUAUAUAUAUAUAUAUAUAUAUAGAUAUAGAUAUAUACAUAGAUGAGUCAGGAUAUUUUAAAUGAGUGAGUGACACAAGUGGCACAAGUGCUCUUUAUAUAUGUUGAGUUAGUAACACUGGCUUUGCCAUCAUAUUCCAGUUAAUGGACACAUCAAGGUUUUUAAGUGUAUACAAGUGAUGUGCUGUAUUGUCAAAAUGCAUUUGGCAUGUAGAAAUAUUAUUGUCCUAUGUAAGGUUCUCUGAUGGCUAAAUGCUACUCAGAUAAAUCCGUGAAUGAAAAUGUGGGAAAUUCAUUCAGUUUCAGCUUCUUUUUAUGUUUCUGUAGCCACUCAAAUUCUUUUUAACAACCUUUUGGAGCAACAUCUGUACCUGAAAUUCCUUUACUACAAGGUUAACUGAUGCACAAAGUUUAGGGUAAUGACAAAGGUUCCUUCAGAUCUUGAACAAACCUGAGAGAAAAACAAAUUAUCUGUUACUAAUCAUGGUAAAUGAAAGGGUUUUCAACAAAGGACUAGAAAUUCAGGCUCAAUUUUUUUCUCAUGCAAAAUGACGUUUGGUAUUUUUCAUAGGGGUUUAAUAUUUUAAAUCUGUAAACUCUAAUUUAGAUGGGAAAUACUGUGUUAUAAUGUACUGACUUGUGAGAUUUCAGACAUUCUUGCAUUUUUAUGUAAAAUGACGUUUAGUGUUUUUCCUAGGGGGUUCAAAAUUUUGAAUCUGUUAACUCUAAUUCAGAUUGGAAAUACUUUGUUGUAAUGUACUGAAUUGUGAGAUUUCAGAUAUUCUUGUAUUUUGAAUGCCAAUAAUCAUUUAGCAUCAAUUAUUACACUUUGAAUUGUGUUCUUCCUAUGUGCCACAUGAUUGACAGAUGUUAUAAAAACAAUUUUGUCUCAAAUCAACAUGUUUUACUACUUGUUUAAGUGUAAAAUAGCAUGUUCAAAAUAAGCCCAUUGAAAAUUGCAGCUGACAAAAACUGAAUUAUUUUCCAAGGGAGGAUAUUAUUUUUAUUUGUUCAAAACUGUGUACAAAACAUCUGACUAACAGCUGGUACACGAGAUGAAAAUACUUUUUAAAUUUAGGCACAAAAUAUAGAGGAAAUUAAGGUGAUAAUAUUUACAGUACUGUUGUUCUACUAGUUUCUUUUUAUAUUUGAGAAAACUAGAUCAGGAUUUUAAUUAUCAUUAAUAUGCAGCUUUUUAAGGUAAGGAGUUAAUGAUGUAAUUCAUACUGUUACAGUGUUCUUAAUUCUCAUUAUAUUUGAAUAAAACGAGCAUCUUUUACAA